AUGGCCACAAAAAUUUUUACACCAACGAAUCAGAUAAAGUUAACGAACAUUGCAACAGUUCGAUUAAAGAAGGGUGGCAAACGUUUUGAAAUCGCAUGUUAUAGAAAUAAAGUUAUAUCAUGGCGAAAUAAAGAAGAGAAAGAUAUUGAUGAAGUAUUACAAACACAUACAGUAUUUUCUAAUGUGUCGAAAGGUCAAGCAGCUAAAAAAGAAGAUUUAAUGGCUGCAUUCAACACAGAAGAUCAAACAAAAAUAUGCGUGGAGAUUCUUGAAAAAGGUGAAUUACAAGUGUCCGAUAAAGAACGUCAACAACAUUUUGAAAAUACAUAUAAAGAAAUAGCUUCGAUAGUAUCUGGAAAAUGUAUCAAUCCAGAAACAAAACGUCCCUAUACAAUUUCAAUGAUUGAACAAGCAAUGAGAGAUAUUCAUUAUAGCGUAAAUCCAGGUAGAAAUGCAAAACAACAGGCACUUGAUGUUAUUCGACAAUUGAAACAGUCAGAAAAUAUUAAAAUACAACAAGCACAAAUGAAAGUUCAAUUAACUCUACCGGCGAAAGAUGCAAAACGUGUAAAAGAAAAAGUUCAUAAAUUAACUACAAAUAUUGAGAAUGAAGAGUUUAUGGGUGAUUCAAUGCAAAUGAUUUGUUCGAUUGAUCCUGGAGUUUUUCGUGAAAUGGAUGAAAUUAUUAGGGCCGAAACGAAAGGAAAAGGUCAAUUGGAAUUACUUAGUUUGAUGGAUGUAGUUGAAGGAGACGAAACGUUAAACGAUCUCAAUGACGAAGAGAACUGA